UGGGCGUGACCCCCGCUGAGAGCAGCAGCACCGUUCCACCGCUGGUAACAACAUGCGUCGUAGGCGGACCGACAGGGUCUCAGCAGGCAAGUCACGGCGGAGACAGUUCACCAGCGUUAAGGACAGGGUCAACGAAGAAACUUAAGCUGUCCCAACACUCGUUUUGAAGUUUUCUGACAGUGAAAGAAGAUAACAUUAUUGUCCCGCUACGUAACGUGGUGUCAGACUGAAGGUGUCCGGUUUCCCAGUUUGAGGGAUUGCGAUGCCCUCUGACUUUAUCUCCCUUUUCAGCGGGGACCUCGACCUGAAUCCUCCGAGAGCCUUGUACUCGAAAGAAUCAGUGUAUGAUCUUCUUCCAAGAGAGCUACGAUUGUCUUCCUCCUCUAGACAGAUCCUUAAAGCCAUGAGUCAAAAGAGCGGUGGAGAGGCCGGGCCUCCUCCUUCAGCAGCUAUAGCAUCAGGAAGUUCCCUCUGAAGCAGGGAGUGUCUGCAUAUAAAAUGGUCUGCAGUUCUCUGCUUCAUAGAUGCCAUGUCCGCCUCUAUGACCCUGGAAGGCCCGCGCAGUACUUUUUCCACCUCUUCCAGCUCCGCCAUUCAUUCCAGUGCUUCAGCCAGUGACCAGAAACCGGUUCAGUGCAGCAAUGUCGACACCGACGACAUCAGGAGUAGUAGAGGGGGACCGGAGGUGGUCGGAGCAGAGGGUGGGAAUGGUAACAGCAGGGGAAGCAGUGAGAUGACCCCAUCAAAGCGCCGCACCGUACUGAAUAUCUCUCCACCUCCACAAGACUUGUUUGAUGACAGCCAGAUGUCCUGCCAGGGUGAAACAUCCCUGGACUCUGAGCAGAGUAACAGCAUCUGGAUGGAGGACUCGCUCUCCAACUUCAGCAUGAUGAGCAGCAUCUCUUAUAAUGACAACACGGAGGUGCCACGGAAGUCUCGCAAGCGGACCCCUCGCCAGAGGCCCGGUCCUAAAUCUGCGCCUGCAGUGGACGGCAGCAUGGACAUGUUUGAUGCUGACAGUGCUAAAGGUCCACACUUUGUCCUGUCACAGCUGGGCCCUGACAGCAAAACUGGACCAAAAGGAAGCUCUGAUGAUCCUCAGUCGACCAAACAGAAGGGAGGGACUCUUUUGAUGCAGUACCCACAGAAGUGUGAGGGCAAGGAGCUGAAGAUCCUGGUCCAGCCUGAGACUCAACACCGAGCUCGCUAUCUGACCGAAGGCAGCCGAGGGUCUGUGAAGGACCGCACGCAGCAGGGCUUUCCGACUUUGAAGCUGGAGGGAGUCAGUGAGCCGGUAGUCCUUCAGGUGUUUGUGGGCAACGAUGCUGGCCGCGUGAAGCCUCAUGGAUUUUACCAGGCGUGCAGAGUCACUGGCCGGAACACAACGGCCUGCAAAGAGGUGGACAUCGACGGCACAACAGUCAUCGAGGUGUCCCUGGAUCCAAGCACAAUGAUGACACUAGCGGUGGACUGUGUUGGGAUCCUGAAGCUCCGUAAUGCUGACGUCGAGGCUCGCAUCGGUGUGGCCGGGUCAAAGAAGAAGAGCACACGCGCUCGGCUGGUGUUUCGGGUCAACAUUCCCCGUCCAGAUGGUUCAGUGCUCACACUACAGACUCCCUCAUCUCCAAUCCUGUGCACUCAGCCUGCAGGGUUGCCUGAGAUCUUGAAGAAGUCACUGCACACUUGUUCAGUGAGAGGUGGAGAAGAAGUCUUCAUCAUCGGCAAAAACUUUCUAAAAGACACCAAAGUCAUAUUUCAAGAAAAUGUUUCAGAUGAGACGUCAUGGAAGGCCGAGGCUGACAUUGACAUGGAGCUUUUCCACCAGAAUCACUUGAUAGUGAAGGUUCCUCAAUAUGAGAAUCAAGCCAUCAUCUCCUCUGUGUGUGUGGGGAUCUAUGUGCUGACAAACGCUGGGAGAUCCCAUGAUGUCCAGCCAUUUACCUACACACCUGAUACAGUCAAAAAUGAGGUUCCUGUGAAGACAGAGAUUCCCUCUCCAGUGAAGACAUGCCCGUUUGAUGAACAAAUUAAAGUUCUAGAUAGUGCCUUGAUACCAUCAUUGCUGCCGUUAGUGAAGAGAGAGGACAUUACUCCGAUGGAGGUCACCAGCAACCUACAAUUCAAGACUGAGGAUUUGUGUACAGCCCAGCAGAACCCAAGCAUGACUGCAGGCCAUCUAAAUAAAAGCAGACCAUUCUCCAACAGCCUAUCUCAGCCUGCAGGUGACCCUGACAAAGGCCAGCCUCCUGUUUUUACCAACACAGAGCCCUUAAGCACUAUCCAGAAACAGGACAUUGCAGCCCCCAGCUCAUUUUCAGUGCCUGCUGACUCCCUGCUCCCACAGAGCUCACAGCAGUUCAUCCUAGAGAGAGAAGGCAUAGGCCAGGAGAGGCCCGGCAGUGGCUCUGGAGCUGUGGGGAGGCUGUGUGGAGAACCAGCUCCUCAGCAGCAGCAGCAGCAGAUGUCGUUGUUCCCGACAGAUGAGGCAAAGGGGUACUGUAACUUACCACUCCAGCCUGAUGACAAACAGCAGCAGCAGCAGCACAUCCAGCACCAACAACAGAUCCAAAAGCAGCAAAUUCAGCAGCAACAAAUUCAGCAACAGCAGCAGCUUCAACAGCAGCAACAGCAGCAGCAAAUUCAGCAACAGCAGCUUCAGCAGCAGCAACAGCAACAGAUUCAGCAACAGCAGCUUCAGCAGCAGCAACACAUUCAGCAACAGCAGCUUCAGCAGCAACAACAGCAGCAGGUUUUGGAGAAUCUGCAGCAGCAGCUGUUUCAGUCACAGAUUCAGAUGCAGUGCGGCAUGAACACAGAGCAACAGGGCUCAUCACAAGGAGUUGUGCCAAACCAGGGGACACUUUUCCAACAGGCCCAGCAGCAGCAACAGCAACAACAGCAACAAGCUGUUCUUUUCCAGCAGGCAAGUGACCUACUCUCAAUUCAGACAAACUUCCUCCAGCAGACAGCUUCACACCCAUCACCACCCAUGUUCCACAAUCCCUCUUCUCUGGCUGAAACACAAGAUCCACAGGGGGGGUUGUUUCAGAAAGCCUCUCCAGAGCAGGUCCAGGCCGCUCUAUUCCAAAACACCAUGACAGUCCUGCAGUCUCCAGACCAGCAGCCCUCAACCCCAGGGUUGUUCCUUCCUCAGAGCAGCAGUGCUCAACAACAGCAACAACAACAACAGCAGCAGCAGCUGGCCUUCCUUAGCACCCUACAAACCCCUGCCCCUGAACCACAGUCAGUAUUUCAGGCUCAGACCCAACUUUCCCCCAUCCAGCAGAGAGGCCCCAUGGAGCAGCAGCAGCCCACCCAGCCACAGCCCCACACACAGCCAGCCCAGCAGCCCCCCCUGUUUCAGAACAUCUCCCAACAUCCAGCUGCAAACACUCUCAGUCCAAGCCAGCAGCAGCAACAGCAAGCUGGUCUGCUCUACUGCAACAACCGCCUGUCUUCUCCAGAUCAGGCCUCGAGCCUCAUGUUCAGCAGCCAGGGCCAGAUGCCGCCACUAACCAGCAGCAGUCUAGUUUCCCAGGAGACCCAGAACCCCUCUCUGCUCUUUUCACAAGCCAGCAUGGUGGCAGUCAACCGACAGGAUCGCUCUGAGCCCAUGGCCUUAGGGAACCCUGCUGAUCCACGACAGCAAGUCAUGUUUCAGGAGCAACAGCCAAUGCAGCUGGGCACCAACUCAAACAGCCAGCAGGAGCAGACUGUGGGCCUCUUCAUUCCUCAGUCAAACAUGCCCCCCCUGCAGGGGGGAAUGGCUGCUCAGGAGCUUGCACAGUCAGCCAUGUUUGGCUCCCAGAACGGUGUGGCAAACCUCCAGACAACCACCUCCUCUCCUGUGCAACAGCCAGGUACUCUGUUUCAGACAGCUGUCAGUGGAAACAUAAAUCAGCCCAGCCAGCCUCCGCAACCAGGACUCUUCCUGUUUGGGAUUCAGAACGAGUGUGGCCAGCUGAUGAACACUCCUGGAAACACGCUGUCGGAUCAGAUCAUAGCUAUCAGCCAAUCGGGUCAGAACCAAAGAGAGAGUGAAGCUCACAUCCAGUCUCUGCUCAGCCAGUCCCUGUCUCAGUCCGGGCCUGUGCAGAACAGCAUGACUGCAUCCCAGAACAUGGAGAAGAUCGACGACCUGCUGGUCAGCCUGCAGGAGCCCGGCAGCAACUUAACUCGCUCGUACUAACCGUCAUGGCAGGUUCACAGAUUAGUCUUGUAGUUGUUCAUUAUAAUCCAGUGUAAUUGUUAAAAGUAGACGUAAUAAUCAGAUAUUGUGUUACGUACGAGAAGUUUAAGAUUCAAGAAUUUUGCCUGCAUCGGGAAAUUUGAGACAUGUACAUUUUGUACAUUGUGUGGCUAAAUGAGAUCAGAUAUCAGAUCGUAUACAGAUAUUUUUCUGCCCCCUAAUGAUGAUACUCCAGACUGAAUUACAGCCUUCAUGUCAUUAACAAGCACAAAGUUGACAAUUCAUAUCGAGACUUUAAACUGGGAAUCUGGUGAUGGAUUGCUUGGCGGUGUGGGCCAGCCAAGAAAAGUGAAUGUCUCUUUUUGACUUGAUGACUGACUGACUCACCACUGUUCUAACAUGCUAUGUGAGAGACAUACGGUAAAACUGGGGCCUUUAUACCCCUUUUAACUUGUGCAUUUUUGUGUAUAUUUCUAGAUCGAUCGUCAGUUAUGUUAUCAGCAGCAUCUUUCGGUUCUUGUGGUGUUUCCUCAAGUGUUCUCCAAAGUGUUUAGUGGUUUCCAUGAAUAGUGUUCCCUUUAAUUCUUAUUGUGUAUUUGUUGUUGCGUUGAGGGUUUAGUGUGAGGUUUUGCAGGAACGAUUGGGCAGGAUGUGGUACGUUUGGUUGAAGGUCGCGACUGUUGAGAAGCUGCUCAUGCGGCCCAACAGUGCAGAGAGUAUUAAAAGAAGGUUAGAGAGGUGGAACGAAGCAGGUGAAAGAAUAAGAAGAGUGUGAAGAAAUGCAGGAUGUGCUGCCACAAACAAGUGAUUAUCAUACAUGUAGGUGCUUAUUUUGUCGAUGUUUUAGCAGCUAGCGUGCACCUGAUGUUGUAAAAACACUUUAACUGUUUUGAAAAGCCAACAAAGUGACUCUCCUUUAAGAAAUGACGUUGACAGAAACUGCUACCUUGAGUAAUGUGGGAUUUUGUGCUCUCCACGAUUUGCUAAAUGAGGUUUGUUUUUGUCUCAGUCUGUUCAGCACAGUAUUACCUGAAGAAGAAUAUUUGUAGUUUAGCAGCCGUUGUGCGGUGAAGAUGGUCGCCUUCAGCUGUGAUACAAAUCUUUCAAUAUGACUACACACACACCUCCACCACGGUGUACUGAUAGCACUUUGAGUUUAAGGUAAGCAAACGUUUAGGCUAAUGUUUAGUCUCUAUUCUUUAAUCCAAACUGUGUCAGUUUGCGUCUGUAGAUCAGUUUCUCCUUUUUAUACAUUACAAAGACAUGAUGGUUUAACAAAAGCCUAGUGGUAGAAACUGAAAUGUUGGCUUUAUUCACAUAGAUAUUCAGCUCUCUACGAGGCUGUUUCAGGUGAGCACUUCACUCAUUGAGGUUUCAGCACAGUCCCACAAGCGGUGGAGUUUUCCUCGUGUUGUUUACAGUGAAGAAAAUACAUUUCUUACAUGCACACGUAUCAGACAUGAUUGUCAUUACCGUUCUGUGUUAGCGUAGCAAUAUUCAUGCAGUCAAGCAGACUCUCCAAAAUGAUCUCCUGUCUCUGUCUGCUGUUUCUCCAAAAUAUCUUUUUGUUGUAUGAAAUGUGUUUUAUUGUCAGCUGUGUUGGAACUAUCCAUUCCCAAAACAAAAAAAAUACCCAUUAUUUAUUCCUGAAAAGAGGCUGAGACACACACGUGGAUCAAGACAUUCAAAUAAUGUGAUAACAUGUAAUUCUUAUUUAUGUACAUGCAUCUACAGUAGAGGGAUUGUAACGUAGUAUAUUAUUGUUUUCGUCAUAGAGGUUAGAUCACUCUGUGUUUUAGCGUCAUUGUGAUGUCAUCAUUCUGCGUCAGGCACGCAUGAACUGGAAUAGUAUUCUGAAACAAGCUAGAAACGAGCCUUUUUUAACCAGUUUUAUUAAUGUGAUGGGUUCAGUGAAUGUUGAUGAGAGGCAAGGGUUUGUUGGCUUUAUCUCAUCCAGUCUAAGGUAUUAACAUGCAGUAACAGAGCUCUUUUUACAUGUCUUUCUUAAGUUAACUUUACAAGUUUUAUAGAUUAAAGUCGAAAGUCUUUGUCUGCGGUUGGCCAGUGGCCUCAGGACCAAAGUUAGACAUGAAUCUUGCUUUGCUUAACUCCUGAUGACAGGCCAGUUUUAUGGCUUUAGUUCCCUUUUUCCUGAAUUUGGAGUUAAAAACAUAGCCCAUUUCUUGACUCCUGAAAUACAUAUUUCCUUAUUAGCAUGAUGUCACAAAUUGUCUCUCUGUUUGUACGUCUGUUGUAUUGUUAAAAGAAUAUUUGUGUCAUGUUUAGUUUCACUGUAAAUGUGUGCUUGAACAAGGGGCUGGUCUCUGAUGAUGACAGGAUUUGCUCAGUUUUAUGCCUCAGUGGUCGUCUUGUUUUCUUUGUACAGUUUGUUAGAAACACAUCAACACUGUUACAUUUUAUACACUUUGAAAUCAAACCAGAAACAGCUGUUGUUUUUUUUGGAGAUUGUGUAAACUUGACUAAUGUGAUUUGUCGAACUAUGCUGAACUACAGUGUGUCAGUUUGAGCAGUGCGAGUGGUUUUUAAAGGGACCCUACUCCUGAAGGAAACCUGGCUUUGGAGAAAAGAGCUAUCUGUGAUAAGCUUUCUUCAACUUGUGAAAUAGAAGAACUAAGAUGUCCACUAUUUAUGAUUUAAUUUGUUUAAUUAAGAUUACAGAUGAUUCUUUUUUUUUUUCUUUUUUUUUUCAAAAAAGUUGCCAUGACUCUUUCAGAGAGGAAUAUUUUAUUUAUUUGGGUGUCGGUUCUUUUCAAAACUGUUUUAAUGUGAUCACAGUUUCAUUCCAAUAUUUUCCAACUGUAUUCAAUGAUGGCAUGACAUGCUGAGUGGCAGCUGGUGGUGGUGGUGCCUGUACAUGUUAGUUACUGCCUUGUAAGCUUUGACUAACGUGUUACUAUAAAAACACUCCUGUGAACAGUUAGUCAGGUGAUUCUGAAAGGUUCAGGUGUAAUAAAACACACCUUAAUGUCAAUAUCACGUAUCAACAUCAAAGCGUAUAAUUUGACCCUGUCCUUUUCACAAACGGCUGACACUAGGACGUUUUUACUGUCAUAAUCAAAACCUUUCCUAAACGCAACUUACAAAUUGCAGCAUUUCUCUAUGAAUAUAGUACUGAAUGUGAUUGUACAGCAUGGCUGUAAAUGUGUCGCUGAGAUACUGAAUGUUCUUAAGCAGUCAUACUGGGGAGGUAAUUUCUUUUUCAGAGUUACAGUUUCCUCAUGUGUGUAUUUACUAUGUAACUAAAUGAAAAACAUAAAAGUGUGACUCAUAAUACAGUCACUUGCACUUUUAUGGAAGCUGAUAAAAAGUUCUCAAAUUCUCAAAACAUUCUGUUCUUUGCAACAGAAAAAUGUGAACGUGAACAGUUACCUACGUAUCAACAAAUUCAAACUUCAAAAGUGUUCAAACAUUGAAUUUUUCCCUAAAAUGUCACUUUAUACACCAGCAGAUAUUGUAUUGUGCCUUAAGGAGAUGUAGUACUGUAGUAUUACUGUGGUAGUACAACAGAUUGAUGCUUUAAUGUUGCCUGUAAAAUGCCCCACAAUGAGAAGUAGUCCUCAUGAAUUAGAAAGUUUUAAGCCAUAAAACUUUAAGUGUACUUUACAUGCUCCACUACAGUGACCAGUUUAACAUGGUUUUGGUUGGUAAUGUGUUGUGUGCAAUUUCUAUCAUACGUCUAACUUGUUUGUUCUGAAGUAUCCAUUGCAUUUAUGUUGUACAACGUGGAUGCAGGCAAAUUUUCUGAAACUGCUAUGCAGCUAAUAUACUGUAAAUGUAGAUGUGUUAGUUUUUGAACAUAUAUUUUUCUAAAUAGCAUCUCUAAAGUAGAAAACCAAAGUAGAUGUUCUUUCUAUUAUUUAUGUUGAUGCUUGUUGAAAUAUUUCUGAUGCUUGGAGUGCUGCCUGAAACUGGUUUUUUAAUCUCAAUCUAAAACAUCUCAAAUAUGGAUUUCUCUGUGGUGAGGCAAAGGCCACCAAUGAUUUGUUAGUCCUUUUAUUUUCCUUUUGUCGUAUCCAGGUUUACUUUAGACUGGUACAGUGGUUCCUUAUAUAUCUGACCCCUUUCAGUGCCUCUGAGGCAUUUUUUUAGUCCUCCAAUAUGGGAACAAUGUGAAUUACAAAUUCUUUAAACACAUCAGUAGCCUGCUGAAGAUGAUUUUGCUUUCUCCAUUCUUCCUAAAAAUCUUUCUGGUCUUCAUUCUGUUAACAUAAGUGAACCACUCUUCUGGUAAACAGACUAUUAUUGCUCCUGGAAACAUUCAAAUUAAAAUUUCAUCUUUUUUUUUAACCAUUUAAACAGCUGUCAAAUUAUUACCCUUAGGGAGGGAAAUUGUUUCUCUAUAUUUGCCUUUUAUUGGGAUGUUUUUAUUCUCUAGCAAUUAUAUUUCUGUAAACUUGCUGCUAUCUGUAAUAAAAAUAUAUACUUAA